AUGCAAUCGUUCGUUUUUAUUCUAUCAUAAUAGUGGCGUCGAAAUUCAGAUUAUCCCGUUGAAUAUUGUUUGAAAUAGUGCGUUUGUCUUGUGUAUUUCAGUUUAAAUUACACAAUCUAUAAUGUCAUAUCAACUGUACAGAAAUACUACGAUCGGAAACACAUUACAAGAAAGUCUUGAUGAACUGAUCCAGUAUGGGCAGAUAACACCGGCUUUAGCAGUGAAAGUACUAUUACAAUUUGACAAAUCUAUAAAUACAGCUUUAUCCAACAGGGUGAAAUCUAGAUUAACCUUUAAAGCCGGAAAAUUAAAUACUUACAGGUUUUGUGACAAUGUGUGGACCUUUAUGUUGAAUGAUGUGGAGUUCCGAGAAGUGCAAGAAGUUGCUAAAGUAGACAAAGUCAAAAUUGUAGCUUGUGAUGGUAAAAAUGUUGAGGAAAGGAGAUAAUAUUUGUGGUGCUGGUAUAGUGUCUACUUCCAAUAAUUAUCUCAAAAUAUUUUCGUAAGGCUCUAGUUUUGAAAAUGGAUUCAGGUGUGCAUCAGUAUAAAUACUCAGGGCCUAAUUGCAUUGAGGGCCUUUUGUUAAUAUUUCAGUUUGGUUUGUUGUGAUUUAUGAUUAUGAGGUUAAAUAAGACUUUUGACAUUGGUGUUGUGUUGUGUUGUGUUGUGUAGUGUUAAUACCAAAGCAAGGGACAAGCAUUUCCAUUGCUUCACAAUUCAAGACAAAAUAGGUAUAGGUACUUAACUUUAUUAGGAUUUUUCGUAAUUGUAUGGAAUAAAUUGAAAUGUUUCAUUUAAAAUUCUGAUUGUAUUUAAUUCAUAUCAAGUUAUGUUAUGUGUGUAUUUUUAAAAUAAAUAAAUCAUAUACUGGUGU